UUGGAGGCUCCUUCUCCCUGCUUCACUCUUGCUCGUAGUUUCUCAGGGACAUAGGAAAUAGUGAGGCUCCGAGUUCCAGAAACGCAGACGAAAAAGUCGAAGCAGCCACAUCUGCCGCGUGAACUCGGAGCGGGCGCGGCGGCCACGGGGCGGAUGGGAUUUAGCAGGAGUGUAAGAUUGAAUCACUCGCUGGCAACCUGCAGUGGCGGAAACGCAUAAGAUCUCUUGGCCGCUCUGGAGGCUCUUGCCUGCGGCCACUUCCGAGGAAAGGAUUAUAUUUCAUACCCACUUGACUGGAUUUCUUUCUGCCCCAUGCCUGGGGGUUACGGAGUGAUGGGUGAUGAUGGCUCUAUUGAUUACAGCGUACAUGAGGCCUGGAACGAAGCCACCAACGUUUACUUGGUAGUGAUCCUCGUUAGCUUUGGUCUCUUCAUGUAUGCCAAGAGGAAUAAAAGGAAAAUUAUGAGGCUAUUCAGUGUGCCACCUACAGCAGAAACUUUGUCAGAGCCCAACUUUUAUGACACAAUAAGCAAAAUUCGUUUAAGACAACAACUGGAAAUGUAUUCUAUUUCAAGGAAGUAUGACUAUCAGCAGCUGCAAAACCAAGCUGACAGUGUGCAACUCUCACUGGAAUAAAAAUCUCAGAAAAUGAGCAACAUAAGUAAUUGUUAAAAUCUAACUGAUGGAAAUCACUCACCCCCACUGGCAGGAAAAACAGCAGAUCUGCCUUUGAAGUUUCUUCUUUGCUUCAUCAGCUGAGCUGGGAAAGGAGUGGAAUCCUGCAGCCACACUUCAAAGCAACACCAGCUGAUCUGCUUUUGCCCCCCAAAUACCCAGUCCACCAAGGAUUCAAUGAAACUUUUUUUUUUUUUUUUGGAAGAAAAAUGGAAUAACUAAUAAACUGGUAACUAACA